UAAGCAGAUCAUUCCGGAUUCAACUUCCCUGUCAGAUCAGUUCGCCAAACUGUCCGGAGCGCCGCUCACACAUCACAGUAUUCUAACAUGGCGACCAGACACGGACAAAACGUUGCCAACGGAGUAAUAUCUGUUACUGUCUUGGUUCUUGGUGUUAUCGUCAGCAUUGUGUUGAGUGCAUUUCUUCGAAAGUUCACGAGAAACGACUUCAGCAACACCGCUUACACCAUCAACCAUCAUCGCAGGGUAUUUGGGUUUGCGACAUCGUCGAUAUGGACCCUUGGCCUGUUUUACGUGCUCCCUGGCCUGAUUGGUUUCAUCUCCGCCUUCGUCAAACAAAAAGGAGUGUACAUCACUCACAUGGUGUUCAGCAUUAUCUCCCUUGUCGUCAUGGGGAUCUUCUUCCUGGUUGGACUCAUUGCCAUUCCUGGCCUCGUUACCAUGAACACCAGACAGUGCGCCUCCAUGGGAACCAAAUGCCAGUGCCCGAAUUCGGAGCCAGUACCAAUGACCUGUGACGACUUGCACAGCAUCUACGCCAUGACUAUCGUGCUCGCUCUCGUCUUUAUCGUAGCAUGGGUUCUCUCCCUUGUCGGCACUGUUCUCUCCGGCAUCCUCGGCUGCAGACGCGAGCCUGUGGGCAUCAUCAUCCAUAGGUCCCCCAACACAACCGCCACUGUCGUCGGUGUGAUGCCGAGGAUGAUACGGACGACGCCAACAGGGUACACUCCCCUCCAGGUGGAGUACCAACCCCAUGAGAUGCACGACAAGGCCAGUCUGGUCGCCAACAUCAUCUAGAGCACCUGCAGAAGGAGCAUGUGAUUCUUCCGCACUACAACUUAUGCUUGAGAAUGAUAUAUGUCCCAAGAGCUUGCAUGUCGGCAAACCUACACGAUACCCUGGGUUUCUUCACCUGGUUCUCGCGAUCUCAAAUUACCCGCAACAGAUUUUCCUCAGACAAAUUCAUUUACUUCUCUGCUCAGUCUAACGGAUCAUUCAUACGAUGACAAGUGAGCCUUAACGCCGCUUUGAGCUAUAUUCCAGCAAAUAUCACAGCGGAGCACACCAGAA